CUUCUGUUCAGAGAUGUUUGUUUUUUCGGCUAGUUGUGUAUAAGUCAAAAUAAAGCAAGUUGUAGUUGAUUUAUAGCGAUAGUAUAGUGAAAUUUCCUAAAUUUGUUACUUUUUUCUUCGCUUGUUACAUUUCAUAGCUGAAGUAUGGACAUAGACACUAUACCAAAAGACUUUCCUGCCAGUAAUAUUGACUUGAAACGCCGCGAAGUUUCGCAUAUAUCGGCAUGGAAAGAUAGAGAAGAGUUUGUGCAAGUUUAUAAUGGCAUAUUCGCGACAGAAAAAUCUGACAUCGACGCGAAGGAAGCAGCUCUUCAAUCGAUGAAGGUUUGGAACGUGCGGUUGAACCGCUGUACCCCGGUUAGUGUGUUGUGUACCGCUGCAAUACUGGAGGUGCAAAUUUUCGAUACACGCCGACAGCAGGACCCAAGCAAUACGAGCGGUAAGGAUGGUGCAGACAUUAAACAUUUAUAUUCUGGUGCUUUUACGCGGUUCAUCAACUACCUCACGGAAAGUUACCAACAGAGCGGAGCCGGACGCAAAGGUAGCAUUGCCAAUCGAGUGAAAGAGAUAGGCAUCGAAGGAUUUCUGGUUGAACUGAGGCACCUGUGCGCCCACAGUUCGGUAACGAUUUCGAUUGACGUUUUCCGGAGGUCGGCCGACUACUGCAUGAAUUGGUUAAAAGUUUGCUACUGGCAGCGUGAGCUGCAACAGCUGCAAAGCUGUGAAAUCAGCCAAAUACGUAACGGCACACUGGCAUGCAAACACGAGUGCGACCUCAAAUACAUUGCCAACAUCUAUGAUAUUGUAACUAAUGCCAUCCAUAAGGGAGCUCAAACAAUGAGCGCCGCGGAGAAGAAACUUGCCCCUCCCAAGUUUCGAUUGCUUCAGGAGCAUUCUCGUGCCAACAAAAUCGACCAACUGAGCAUGAUCGUAUUUGAAAUUGUUCGUUACCUAUCGGAAACGAUGAAACUGCCCAGAUCUUCGGAAACGGUUGCGGUUGUUUGUGAUGCCUUCCUCAGCUGCGAGUAUAUGUUCGAAGCCCCAGUUAAAGGAAACACCCAGGGGUUGGCCAGCAUUCAUCAGCGUUUUUUCCAGAUGUUGGUAGCGCGAGGUUAUGUUCAGACCUAUCUGGAGAAGUUGAUCGAGAUCUGCGAAGAUGAUCAGCAAUCCAACGAGCGCAGGUUGGGAGCUAAGUUUUGGGCAAUCGAGGUUGCACUAGCUUUCCGUCUGCUGAAAAAGUUUAAGAAAAUUAUCAAAAGUCUUCCCGAACAAUCGCACCGCCACGUUCGGCGAGAGUACGCCAAGAAAAUGUCCGGCACGGUGCGUGCAAUUUACGAAAACAAGCUGCGAGUUGAUCUCCAAAAUACCAUCAUCAUUGGUAUGUCCGCAAAUUGUCCGUGGCAUUUGCGACUCUCCAGGAGUUAUCUGAUCGAGCGAGUGUUGAACGUGAAUAAAUACACUAAGGAAAUUUUGCCUAUUAUGCUAGCUUUAGCAGAACCGCACCUAAAAUUAUCUCAAAUAGAAAGUCUUGAAACUGCGAUGGACAAGUACACUACUAAUCACCUGGCAGUUAUUGACGAUGGACAUAUCGAGCAAGAGACGGACUAUUGCAACGACAAAACUUCUACUCCUAAGCGUGCAGGUUCUCGCAAACAAGAGAAAUCUAAAGUAUAUACACUUGAAGACGUGAUGAGGGCUAUCGGUGAGAAUAUUGCGAAUAACAACCAGCCGAAACAACCCAAAAAGUACGGUGUUUGGACGGAGUCACCUACCGACGGUCUGGACUGGGGAAGAUGCCCUUUGGGAAAGUUAGUUUGGGACUGAUAGGAUAGUAGCAUAAAUAAAAACACAGCCCUUGAAGGUGGCGUAUAUGGAUAAAAAAUAUCCUGUUUAACGUUGAAGGUUUUGUAAUACAUACUCGUGUAUAAAUCCAUCAGAAAAAAACAUGAAUCUAUGCAAUACCGAAAAUCAGAAUACAUGCGAGUAUGCUCGCAAAGCUUACAAAGAA